UCAUAGGUUCCAAAGAAAAAGGGCGACGCCGCGCGGAUUCUAGGGUUUGAGUUCAACACACUUUGCAGUUUGAAUCAUGUCGACACCAAGCAGGAUGAUAUCAUUAAAGAGUUCAGAAGGCGAGAUUUUUGAAGUCGAGGAUAUCAUCGCUCAUCAUUCACUGACCAUUAAGCACAUGAUCGAAGAAGAUUGCGCUGAUAAUCCAAUCCCUUUGGUUAAUGUAAAUAGCAAAAUCUUGAAGAUGGUUAUCGAGUACGGCAAGAAGCACCGCGAGAGUGGUGGUGAAAUUACUGAGGUCAAUGAGGAAACGCAGAAGUGGGACAAGGAGUUGGUGAAUGUUGAUCAAGAAACACUUUUCCAUCUACUCAUGGCUGCAAAUUAUCUCAACAUUAAGAACUUGUUGGACUUGACAUGCGAGACAGUUGCGAGCAUGAUUAGGGGUAAAACACAACAGGAGAUUCGAGACACGUUUGGGAUUAAGAACGAUUUCACCCCCGAGGAAGAAGAAGAGGUUCGUAAGGAAAAUCAAUGGGCUUUCAAUUAAGUGAAUUCAUCGGCGGAUCUACAUCUUUACUUUGUUUUCCUUUUGAGUAGAGUAGUUUACAUCAGUGCUGCUGUUCACUGAUUAUAGACAUAGUAGUAGUUGUUACUACAUCAGUGUUUAACCUAACUUUGGAUUUUAAGAGUUAGUUUUAGUUUGAUGGAAGCAAUAUCUUAAUUUCUUGUGUGAAUUUAUGAUUAAUUUAUGAUAAUUUGAUGAAUUGGGAUGUGA